AUGCACCGAUUUGACUGGUGGGCGGAAGAUGCGCCCGGGUUCCCGUCUGGAACCAUGCAUUCCACCAAGGCUACGAUGCCGUCUGCUGAAGAAAUGGGAAGCACGCAGCUCAGCCCGUCAGCCUUUCCGCCAUGGCCAACAUGGGACAUGGCUGCGCCAGUUGAUCACUAUCAGAUCCGUUUCUCGUCCAGCGAGCUAGCGAGAAUGAAAGAAGCUGCGCAAGCAAAUCUUCCUGCUAGUAUGGCGUCUUGUCACAUGUCUCGACUUGAUGCUGUGUUGGCACACGUAUGGACUCUCAUCAAUCGCGCAAGAGGUCUUCAAGAUACUCAAGACAACGUGUAUCUGGACAUCACUCUUGGACUUCGACCAAGGGUGAGCCCGCCAUUGCCCCAGACUUUCGUUGGGUCUCCUCUCCUUCUGGGAUAUGUCGAGAAGACUGGAGCAGAGGCGUCCACCGCGGAAUUGGGGCUCGUCGCGGGUGCAAUCAGAGACAUGAUGGCCAUGUUCACUCCAGAUGCGGUCGCAGCUUAUAUCCAUGAUGCGGCUCAUGAAGUUAGUCCACAAAGACUAUGGCAAGCCUUCUUGGGCAAACACCAUACACUUGUUACUUCUUGGGUCAGGGCACAAGCCUAUGAGCUGGACUUUUUUGGAACACGGCAGGUGGCCAGGUAUGUCCAGGGAGUCAUGCCGAAGGUCGAUGGUCUCGUCCAGGUCAUGGAUGUUGCAGAUACUGGCGACUUCGAUAUCAGCAUAUGCAUUCAACGGGAGGCCAUGGAACGGCUCCUGAGUGAUCCUCUGCUACGGAAGUAUGAGUCUUGA